AUAUUUGCUAGUGUCUGAGUCGUAGCCCACCCUCUUCAUGCCCUCAGGCAGGCGGUAGCUGUCCUCGUCAUACUGUGUCCAGCGGCCCAUGAUCGUAACGAGAGAAUAAUUGGGGAUCAAGGAGGUCUCUGGAGUACCUUUUGUACCUGCUGCUUGCCAGCUGCGCGACGGAGCCAGUCGGUCGAUCUGGACGGGAGAGAUGAUGGGUGGGGCUAGGCACUGCCUCCGGCGAGCACACGGCAAGCUGGAUCAGUGACGCCGUCUUUAUCGUUCCCUCCGUCUCCCUGUCCCCGUCAAAUUGCAUUAUAUAUAAAUAUCCUCAACGCUGACGCCUAUGCCAUCGAUCUUUUUUGCGCAAUCCUCUCCCGACGCCGUUAACGGCGAUGUCGACGCCCGCGACGAAAGUUCUGCGCGUCGCGCUCCGCGGCGAUGCCAUCCUCACCCAUCCGCGCUUUAACAAGGGCACCGCGUUUCCGGUGCGCGAGCGCAAGGCCUUUGGCCUCACCAGCCGUCUCCCAUACCGCGUCAACACACUGGAAGAGCAAUGUCGUCGAGCCUAUGACCAGCUGACCACGCGCGACUCGGCGAUUCGCAAGAACACGUUCCUACAGAGCUUGAAGGACCAAAAUUGGACACUGUACUAUGGGCUCAUCAGCAGGCAUUUGAAGGAGCUCAUCCCUAUCAUCUACACCCCGACUCAGGCUGAUGCGAUCGCCAACUACUCCCACUUGUUCCGACGCAGCGAAGGAAUGUACUUGACAUUUCCGCAUCAAGAGUCAAUGGAGGAAGACUUCUUAGAGCAGACGAGGGGACGCGACAUCCAGUUGUUCGUAUGCUCGGACGCGGAGGCAAUCCUCGGGAUCGGGGACCAGGGCGUUGGUGGCAUCGGUAUUUCUGCGGCAAAAUCGGCUAUUUAUACGCUUCUUGGCGGAAUUGAUCCUUCGAAAGCAAUCAGUGUCACACUCGACCUGGGCACGGACAAUCAGCAGCUGCUCAAAGACGAUCUCUACGUCGGCUGGCCAAGCCCCCGCGUGCGCGGGAAGCCUUAUGACAGAUUCAUCGACAAGUUCGUACAGCUUGUGCGCAAGUACCAUCCACACAGUCUGCUCCACUUUGAAGACUUUGGUGUACAAAACGCGAAGCGGUUGCUCGACUUCUACCGGGACAAACACGCGGUAUUUAAUGAUGACGUUCAAGGCACUGGUGCAGUCUCUCUGGCGGCUCUGAUGUCGGCAGUGGGCGUGACCAAAUCGCGUCUCUCGGACCAGCGGAUUGUGAUCUACGGCGCAGGCACGGCUGGACUGGGUAUCACCAAACAACUACGCGACGGAAUGUUGGAUAUCGAUGGUCUCUCACAGUCCGAGGCGAACAAGCGGUUCUUCCUCCUUGACCGGUACGGCCUCGUGAAGCAGUCGCUUGGCCCCACCAAGAUUCGCGAGGCAUUGCAAGAAUUCGUGCGCCCGGACGCGGAGUGGGAAGGUGUGCCCACGAACGAGAACGGCGAAAUAGGGCUAUACGAUGUCAUGAAGAGGAUCAAGCCCACGGUGCUUGUCGGAUGCUCGACACAGGGCGGCGCAUUCACGGAGAAGGUCAUCCGGGAAAUGGCGCAAGGCGUAGAACGUCCGAUCAUCUUCCCGCUGUCGAACCCGAGCAGGCUGGCAGAGGUGGACCCGAAGGACGCGAACGAGUGGACCGACGGUAAGGCACUGAUGGCAAGUGGUAGCCCAUUCCCUCCGUGCAAGAACCCUCGUGGUGGCAAGGACUACAUCGUCGCUGAGUGCAACAACGCGCUCAUCUAUCCUGGCCUCGGCUACGGCGCAAUGAUUACCCGAGCCCGCUCGCUCAGCGACUCGAUGAUCAUCGCCGGCGCGCGUCGGCUCGCCUCACUCUCGCCUGCACUCGCUGACCCCGACAGCCCGCUGCUGCCCAACUUUUCGGACGCGCGAUACAUCAACACGGAAAUCGCGGUCGCAGUUGCGCAGCAGGCACUCGACGAGGACCUUGCAGAGGUGCCCUGGAGCAAGGAGGAGGUGCGCGAUCAAAUCAUCGCGGGCCAGUGGCAACCGGUAUACGCGGACUUCAUCUAUGACAAGGAUGGGCUACGUUGAGCAUUCUAGAUGGGUACGGCUUUGUUAUAGAUUGGACGGCUGGUCCGAAAGGUAGAUGUCUGGCUAGAUCCCGGUUCGCGAUAGCUAGAUGUUGCACUAGGUUAUACCGAUGACUGCUGUACUAGAGAGUGCUGUACAAGAAGGACAUUAUAUUGUUGCACGGAAACAAAUCUUUAUGCACUACCACGUUUAGACGACGAUCCGUGGAGUAUGCAGGAGUCUUGCGGUGGAGGUCA